AUGAAGGUGAAGGUGAUUUCUCGGUCCACGGAUGAAUUCACUCGGGAACGAAGCCAAGACCUUCAGUGUUCCGUAAUUUCGAGUUUCGACCCUAGUAGUCUCCGAACUCAAGAGAAAGCCGUCGAGUAUGUUCGCGCUCUCAAUGCGGCAAAGUUGGGUAAGAUUUUCGCUCGGCCAUUUAUUGGUGCUUUGGAUGGGCACAUUGAUGCGAUCUCCUCUAUGGCUAAGAACCCCGUUCAUUUGAAGGGAAUAUUUUCAGGCUCUGUGGAUGGAGGCGGACAGUUUCGCCAGUUUCCAGGUCACCAGGGCAUAACAAAGCCAAGGUCAGUGCCUUUAGCAGUCUACAUCUGGAAAAAUGCCUUCUGGGCUGUUGAUCGCCAGUAUGAAGGUGAAUUUUUUGCUACAGCAGGAGCUCAAGUGGAUAUAUGGAAUCAUGACAGGUCUCAACCUGUUAAUAGCUUUGAGUGGGGUAAAGAUACUGUGAUAUCUAUACGAUUUAAUCCAGCAGAACCAAAUUUACUUGCAACAUCAUCCAGGAUCCUGCACAGGAGGAGGAUCGAUAGGAUUGACAGGAGGACCGAGAGGAGCACCGUCGCCGCCCGCCGCCUCCUUCUUGCAGAACAUGUGGUAAGGGAACCAAACACUGAAUUAGCGAAAUCAAUAAACUCCAUCUCUCCUCCGUGGUGUAGUGGAGCGAACGCGUUGAAAUUGUGGAGAUUACGGCAGCAUUUCGUCAACACCAUAAACUUGCUGCUUUUCGAGGCAAACUACAAAGUAAGAAUCGACUUUCUAGACGGCCAUUUCGUGUCAUUCCCAACUGCUUACCGCAAUCUUCACAAUUUCAACACGUUUGUUCCACUACACCAUGGUGGAGAGAUGGAGUUUUCUGAUUUCGCUAAUUCAGUGCUGCAAGACAGACACUACUGGAAACUGAUGGGAUCCUAUCGAUCCUCAUCCUGUUCAGGUCCUAUCGAUCUUCCUCCUGUUCAGGAUCCUAUCGAUCUUCCUCCUGUUCAGGAUCCUAUCGAUCCUCCUCCUGUGCAGUAUCCUUUCCAUCCUCCUCCUCCUGUUCAGGAUCCUUUCAAUACUUCUCCUGUGCAAACUCCUAUCAAUCAUCCUCUUGUUGUUCCUCCGCAGCCUUCUCUAGCCAGUGCUCAUGUGGCGAAAUUUGCCUUUCUCAGGCCGUUUCUGAAGCCUUUAUCCAGCUUUCCCCUGACGUGGACAACCAUAUCUCAGGGACUGAGAGAUUAUGUUGCUAAUAUACUCACAACUGAAAGUAUUCCCUGGAUGCAGCUGAUUUGGAAGGUCUAG